ACGACUUCUCGAAGCUGAACUGUGACAAGAAGUCUGGACGGGAUCGACUACACACCGUGUAUCUUUCGUAGAGGAAACCUGCACUCGACCACUAAACUACAAAGAUCCCGACCUCUUUAUUUUGCUCUCAAAGAAUAUCCAGGGUGAAGAUGGAGUGGAGUAUGUUUGUUCUGGCGUUGUCGCUUGGUUCGCUUUACACGGUCCACGGUGACUGCGUCAAAUGGUGCUCGGCGUGCAACUUGGUCCUGGAUAGUUCGAUCAAGCCACUGGCAUGCACUUUAGAGUGCGAAGGGGUGGUGCUGUCGACUGAUGAGUGGGAAAAAUGUGACAGGGCACUUCAGUUGUACAACUCUGAGCCUUUGGGUAUUGUAGAUAAAGUUCUUGCUGACCCAGUAACUGAUGAAAAGGAAGUUAAAAGUCUAGAGGCACUUACUGGAACACAGCACAAUGGUUUUGCAAAACGCUAUGGAGGUUUUAUGAAAAAAGUUGACAAGAGCAGAGUUUAUGCUCAAGCUUUGGCUCAAGAAAAUGCAUAUCAAGGACCAAAUCUUAAAUAUGGAGGCUUGCUGCAAAAGUUCGGUGAGAAGGGAUGCAUCUGACUUGGGAGAGGAGCUCACAGGAGCUUACAACUGCAAUGGGAAAAUAUGCAGGCAGACGAUGAUGACACUCCCUCAACAGAAGAGCUAAAACGCUAUGGAGGAUUCAUGAAAGGCUAUGGCAACAAAAGAAGUGAGGAGCUGGCGGAUGAGGAGAAUCAAAAUGUGGAACUGCAGAAAAGAUAUGGAGGCUUCAUGAGAAAUGGUAGACCAAGAUAUAAAUGGGAUACAAAGAGAUAUGGCGGUUUCCUGAGACGCAAUUUUCGGGUUUCACUGAGGUCAGAUGAUGGUGAGGCCAAUGAUUACACUGAAGAAGCUUCAGACUUAUAAAACAGCCAAAGUCAUCUGAGUCUUGAUGUGAGAGUGUAGACUGCCUAAAUAGAUUCCGUAUUUAAACCCUAAAUGUAUUGUUUGAAUGCACAAAUAUUUUUGCUAUUAUGUUUACACUAGGCUGGCUAAAAUAGCAGUUGAGCAAAUUGAUUCUUGUACUCUG